AUGCCCCCUCCUCCUCACCUCACCGCCGCCCAGCUCGCCAAGCAGGCUGAACGCAAGGCCGCCAAGCUUGCUCGCAAGGCUGCUUCCGGAGCCGCAAAUAGUGUUCCAAGCGCUGAAGAGCUGGAGAAGCGCCGCAUCAUCAAGCGCGAGUGGAUGAACCUUGGUCCUAGCUCGGAAGGCAAGCGCACUGCGCAAAUUGUUACCUGGAACAUGCUUGCCCAGACCCUUGUUCGCCGUGACCUGUUUCCCGGCUCCGACUGUCUCCGCUGGGGCGACCGCAAGGCUCUACUCCAGGCAGAGAUGGAGACGCACGCACAGUCGGACGUGAUUUGCCUGCAGGAAUGCGAUAGGCUUGACGACGUUCUGGGCUCCGUGCCGGACCACCGGCCUGUGUCCGCUCGCGGUGUUGGAAAGUUGCACGGUCUGGUGGUACUGUACCGUGCUUCGCGGUUCUAUAUUCGCUCGCAGAGGGCCGUGUCUCUGGACGACGAGGAGCUGAGUCCCAACGCUGCGACUGGCGUCGCGCGUCGCGGGGUCUCUCGCCAGACGCGCAACAUGGCACUCAUUGUCGCGCUCGAGGAGAAUGAGGACAAAGGCAACGGUAUUGUAGUCGUCACCACGCACUUUUUGAAUACGAGCGCACGCGCCAGAUCAUCGUGCUCCUCCGUGCUAUCCGCCGGCUUCAAAAAGAGGAAGGUUGCGAGUCGUGGCCAGUCGUCUUUGCUGGAGCCUGCUGAGACGACGUACCAGCUCCUCGCGGCACCAAGCACCCCCUUGCACCCUUCCCUUGUCGAGUCAUUCAACGCCUCCCGGUUGAGGCACACCAGCGUGGAAAAGGUUGGCGUCGCAUCUUCGGAACCGCCUUCCGAGGCCGCAAGCGGGACCGCUACUCCAGAGGCCAAGGACAAGGACGACGAGGACGAGCUUCCAGACAAGGAUGAGAGGUCGAUCGCCAACACUCGCGACCCGGUCCCUGCGGACGGUAUUCUCACCCUCGACCAGCUGUUGGAGCUGGGCCGCGAGCUACUCACCGAGCCAGCUAGGAGCGCCUACGACUCGUCCAAGUACGGAGACGAGACCUAUGGGUCACGCGGAGGGUUCCAGAAAGGCGUCACCGGUGCGGGUGCUGGUGAGCCGGCGUACACCUGUUAUACUCCUCUGUUCAAGCUUACCCUUGACUAUCUCUUCCUUCUCCCACCUGGCGCGGCAUCACGCGCAGAGUUUACACGUCUACUCGUUCCUCCUGAGACCAAGGAGCUGGGAAAUGGUCUUCCGCGGAAAGGAAUCUCUGCAAGCGACCAUCUGCCUGUUGGCUGCGAGAUUGCCUGGUAG